AUCCUUCAUGUCCGAACUCUGUAGCCACUCGGCAAGAAAAAGAUUCUAAAAUAACCGUUGGAUACGUUGAUGGUUACAAUUUUAAUUACAAUUUCAAACCUUCGGAGUUACCAUGGAAUAUUACUUAUAUGAAUUGGAUCGCAUUUGAACCAAGCAGUGAAUCGAAUAAAAAAAUACCUAUUUCGGACUCUCAUACUUAUUUAAACAAGACGGUGCAAUACAGAAAUGUCAAUAAAAUAAAACCGUUUGCGAGCAAUAAAACCGAACGUGAUUCAUUCGUCAGCAAUGUUAUAAAUUUUGUUCAUAAAUUUGAAUUGGAUGGGGUUGAUCUUGAAUAUCCUGAUAGAUACGGUUGCGGAAAAUGGAAUAAUUCUGAAAAUUUCAUUCCGUUAGUAGAUGAACUAUCAUCCGCUUUAAAAGUCAUCAACAAAACGUUUUCAAUAACCGUUGGAAAUAACCCAAUCCAAGGGUUAAAUAUCAAUUCAAUUGAAUUCAUAAAUGUCAUGCCAUUUCGGCAAAACGAAAUAUCUAACACGACCGGUCCAAGCAUCACACUUGACCAAAUUUCGGAUACCAUGGAUGGUUGGAGUAAAACUGUGGAAUCAAAAAAACUUAUUCUGGGUGUUUCAUUGUAUGGCGUCAUUGAAUUAACCAUGCCAAUGGAAGGUAGCCUUGAGAGUAACAGAACGGUUCCGCUUGAUACUACUGCUAAUAUUAAAUAUUCUGUCUUUGACUCGUACUCGUAUAGUACAUCAUCUUAUUACGACACAUGUUCCUUUUUGGAGGUCGAUUAUCUGAAUUUGGGUUCUUGUGCGGUGAUUAGGUCGAAAAAUGGCCCACUAUCAAGUUCUUGUACUGCACAAAACGGAUGGACUCGCGUAUUUGAUGACAAUGUUAAAUCCACAUAUCUUUAUAAGGUUUAUAAUACCUCAGUAGUGGUAGGUUCUCCAAAUCCGCUUACCACGUAUUACUAUGUUACUUAUGAGGAUUCCCAAUCAAUUCAACAUAAGUUAAAAUUGAUAAUAGAUAAAUCAUAUGGUGGGAUUGCACUUUAUGGUUUGGGGGAUAGUUGUGACGAUAUAAUUAGUUCAGUUGACUCUAUCUUUACGCUCGAAGGAUUUGAUCCUCCUAAAUCUGGCAUGAGUACUUUAUCUAUUAUCCUCGUUGUAAUAGGAUGUAUAAUCUUUAUUGUUAUCGCUGGAGGAGGAGGAACGAUUUAUGUUGAUAAACGUGGAAGAAAGUACGUUAGAAAAUAUUGUUAG